UGACAUCACCUGAGAGGCAGUUUCUGACAGUUGGGCUCGAACUCAGUUCUGGUCGAUGCUGGGCUGUUUGGCAGAGGCCAUUUCUCUUGUGGGAAUUGAUGAGCCUUUGCAGAGAACAGUGCCGGAAACCGAUCACUUUCACCCCAAGACCAUGAUGAAAACUGCAGCAUCCCUUCUGAGGGACAGCCGAGAAAGCUUAAAGAAGGAGAUCAGGAACUUAAGAGUCAAAGUGUCCAACCUUGAGGCAGAAAACCCAGAAAUUAUCAAGAAUACAAUCAUGAAUGAGCAAAAGAGGAGCCCGGAAGGCCAAAUCAGUUGUCUGGCAAAGGAAGAGAAAGAAUUUCAGGAGAUGUUCCGAGAACUGGACGACACGAAGGCAACUCUGGAGAUCCAAAACCAGACCUUGUCCCAGACCAACCAGAUGCUCCAUUCCAAAAUCCAGAAGGUCUCCAACAACCUAAUCAGGUUUCAGGCCUCCAAGGUUAGCCGGGAUCAGGAUAUUUUGCGUAUGAAGGAGGAGGUGGAGAAAAUUGUGGCGGACGUUCAACGGGUGGAAGCGAAAAUCGAGACGGCCAGGCGGAGGUACGAGGAGAGGAAGAAGCAGUCCGCCGAGCUGGAACGCAUGAUGGUGGAGCUCGAAGGGAUCUGCAAGGCUCAAGACAAGGAGAUCCUUUUUCUGGAGGAUCGACUGGGGCAACCGUUGCAAAACACUCUGUUUUCGGUCUUAUCCGGAGGAGCUUGGGUGUUGGUGGCUUUAAUGGUUGGUCUGGGAUUUUCAAACCUGGUCCCCUUCCUGAUCAACUCUUAUUGCCUGAGAACUGAUCGCUGACAUUUACGACUUCUUUAACUAGGUAUAGGACAUCCUGUCCCCAAAUCACCCCCGGAAGUUGUUGCCUUGUUGAACAAGAGUCCUGGGGGGGGGGGUAAAUGUAGGAAACUAGUAAAUAAAGAAAAAAAAAAGGU